AAUCAGCUGGAAUCCGCGGAAACCAUCAAGAGGACUAUUUUCCUUUACUUAGCUAGCUAUCCAUCUGUCAACUUCCAAUUCUCCUUUCCUUCCCUGUGCUGUCAAAACGCCACACUGGCGAUGUCGGAGUCAUACGAUUUCCUGUUUAAAUUCCUGGUGAUUGGGAAUGCUGGAACAGGCAAAUCCUGUCUGCUGCACCAGUUCAUAGAGAAGCGAUUUAAGGAUGAAUCAAACCACACGAUUGGAGUGGAGUUUGGCUCUAAGAUCAUCAAUGUGGUCAACAAAAUGGUCAAACUGCAGAUUUGGGACACUGCAGGACAAGAAAGGUUCAGGUCUGUGACCAGGAGUUACUACAGAGGAGCAGCAGGAGCUCUGCUGGUCUAUGAUAUCACCAGUCGAGAGACAUACAACGCUCUGACCACAUGGCUCAGUGAUGCCAGGAUGCUGGCAAGUCAAAACAUUGUCAUCAUCCUAUGUGGAAACAAGAAGGACCUGGACGCUGACAGAGAGGUCACGUUCCUGGAGGCUUCACGCUUUGCUCAGGAGAACGAGCUGAUGUUCCUGGAGACCAGCGCUCUGACAGGAGAGAACGUUGAAGAAGCUUUUGUCCAGUGCGCUCGGAAAAUCCUCAACAAGAUAGAGUCAGGAGAGCUGGAUCCAGAGAGGAUGGGUUCAGGUAUCCAGUAUGGUGACGCUGCGUUACGGCAGCUUCGUUCUCCUCGCCGUGCUCAGCCACAGGGCACCCAGGAGUGUGGCUGCUAGUGGAUGCGCGUAGUAGCACACACAGACAAGUGUGUUUCAGACGUGUUUGUGAAGACCAGAAGAAGAACAGCCACGGGGGACCCAGGGUUCAGGUUGCUAUGUUGAUGACUCCUCUCUGACCUUUGACCUUUCGCACGGAAUCCUCAGAACCUUUGUUGUCAUGGCUGCACCUGCAGAGAGCUGAAAAGACCUCCCAGCCACGCCCCCUCUCAGAACUCUGAGCAUCUCCAAGGAACCCAGAGACCGCCCACCCUCCAACAUUCUGCUCCACUAUUGGACCAAACCCUCCCCAGCCAUCCAAUCAGGGUGUGAAUGACUGACAUGUAUGUAACUUCUCUCUUGCUCUCUCUUUCUCACCUCUCAACUUAGUGCGUUUUAGUUUUCUUGCUUAUCACUGCUCCCAUCUACCUUCCAUCUGGACUACUUAAGGGAAAAGUUUACAUUUGGGAAGUGUCUUUCCUUUUGCAUCCCAGUUUAUCAACAAGGUAUAACUUGUUAAUUAGUCAGCUUCAAAAGCAUUGGUAGGUAGAGUUUUGAAUAUUGGGGCUAGCCUGAUUAGCCUGUUCCCUCUUCUUCCAGUUUUUAUGCCAAGCUAAACCCAGACAAAUGUACAAAUUAGGCUUCACUCAACAUGACAGAAAUAGACUGAAGGCGUGAAAAAAAAUGCAGGGGGUCUCUGGUUAUCAUGGAGAUGACUUUAAACCUUUCAAACAACACGUCAUUGUUUAAUUUCUGUCAAGCGACACUUACCAAAAUUAUCAAGCGUCCUACCAUAAAUCUGGUUUAACUCUUGGCUACAAAACCAAUUGUUGGGCUGUUCCUUUAACCACAUACAUAUUUGAUACCCUCCCCCUCAAUAGUACUUCUGUUUCUUCAUCCAUCUGCUCUGAUUGCCUGUUAACUUCCUGCUGUGCUCACCUGUGUAAAACACACCACUAAACUGACCACCCCCAACAUUUUGCACUCCCUGUAUCCCUUAUUCCAGGCAAUGCAGCUGCCAAAUAACACUUCAUCAGCCUACCUACCCUACCCAUUGCUCGCAACCCGCCAUUCUCUGAUACCUGUUCACACAUCUGCUUACCUGUCCACCUGCCUGUCUCUUUCCUCUGCCUCUGUGAAUCUCCCUCUAACUCCUUACAGCAUCUUAUACACUGUACAGUGUUUCUGUAUAUAGAGACUGACGCAUGUUUUCUCAGACAGAAUAGCAGAGUAUUUCAUUAUGAAGAGAUAUUAUAUGUAUAUUAAAGUAGAUAUCAUAUCCAGUAUCUGUUUUAUGCUCCACUGUAUUAUUAUCAUGUUAAGCUACAAUACACUGGCGACGUGUGAGCAGUAUAGAUGGGCAGUACUGUUUGCAGCAGUUAUGUUUAUUUGUAAAUGGGACAAACUGACAUUAUGAACAUAUAUGUGGAAAAAUGCUGUUUUAUCACCGUUGAUAGAUUUUAAAAACGGAAAUAUCCUGAGCAUACAUUUGACUUUAUGUUGGUUAAUUCAAAUUGUUAAGAGUGUGAAAGUUAUGUCGUCUUUUAAUUUACAACGACACAUUCAGCAUUCACUGUUCAGUUACAUGUCUCAUCAGUGUGACACACUUCUUUAUCCAAAGGAUUCCCAUUAUGACUGAAUACGUCUGGUCCCUCUCAUUUAUUAACUAUGCCUGUUUACAUGAAUACCUCACCGAUGGCUGCCGGCUGUGGGGUGAUACUAACUGAAUGCAUUUCAAGUUUUUUAUUUGUCUCCAAAGAUACUUCAUGUUCAGUUGAGCCACAUGGAGCUCUCCACAAAAACACUUCAACUUGGGAAUAUUUUUCGAACAUUUAGAUUUAGAGGUAUGUUGAAGCAUUACAUGUUUUUUUUUUUUUCUAAAUGUUUUUUACUUUUUGCCCCUUGACAGUUAUGCAUUAAACUUUUGAAUCAAGCACACUUCAAACUGUAGAGAUAUUUUAUGUAAGAAUUCAUCUGAUAGCGGCUCUUCUGCUCCACAUCAGGUUGCCGUCUUGUGUCUAUGUCAUCAUCAUGUCCUUUGUUUAUUUAUGGACGUCCAUUUUUCUCUUAUCAUUAUGAAUAUCAUGGAUUUUUAAUUUAUUGUGUAUGAUAAAAGCAUAUGUUUUUAAAAUAAAAAUU